UUUUUUUGUUUUUCAUUACCAAAUCGUUUCAAGUUGUUACUGCUGCACAAGCACAACCAGACCAGUGUUUUUUGUUUUUUUAUCUUGAAAAAAAACUCAUUUUUCCGUACAGCCAGAACUAGAGGAAGUCAAAGACGGUGAAAAUACCGGUAGCCGAAGUUACCCUUCUUUUUAACUGCGUCUUCUCUGUUCCAACAUCUAAUUAACCUGCAACAGCAUCUCAAAACUCAGCAAUACCAUCUCCCAUUUAUUUUUUCUCCUCUCCCAAACACAAAAAUGAGCGAUGUAUUCGAAGGAUACGAGCGGCAGUACUGCGACCUCUCCGCUAAUCUCUCCCGUAAAUGUAACGCCGCUUCUCUUCUCUCCGAUUCAGUGGAGAAGAAGGAGAAAAUCUCCGACAUCAAAUCUGGACUCGACGAGUGUGAUGUCCUGAUUCGGAAAAUGGACCUUGAGGCACGAAGUUUACAGCCGAGUGUUAAAGCUAUGUUACUUGCUAAAUUGAGAGAAUAUAAAUCUGAUCUUAAUAAUCUCAAGAGAGAUUUUAAGAGAAUAACCUCUGGUAAUCCCUCUCGUGAAGAGUUGUUGGAGUCUGGCUUGCCCGAUUUACACUCGGUAUCUGCAGAUCAAAGAGAAAGAAUGGCUAUGUCAGUGGAGAGACUAAACCAGUCCGGCGACAGGAUUAAGGAGAGUAGAAGAACAAUGCUGGAGACUGAAGAGCUUGGUGUUUCAAUUCUUGAAGAUCUGCAUCAACAACGCCAAACUCUUUUAAAUUCUCAUAAUAAGCUUCAUGGCGUAGAUGAUGCCAUCGACAAGAGUAAGAAAGUCUUGACUUCAAUGUCAAGAAGAAUAACCAAAAACAAGUGGAUUGCUGGCUCAGUGAUCGCUGCUCUUAUUCUUGCCAUCAUCAUAAUCAUCUCAUUCAAGUUUUCUCAUCACUGAUGCGAUACACAAUUGGAAUUGUUUGGUACCUGCUAUAUUCUGUUGCUUUAUGUGUAUGUUGUAUAUAAGAUUACCGUUCAUCAACUGUGUAUGUGGGAAACAAAAAACAUUUAUUUGACAUGCCGUCUUUACGCCUUUGACAAA